AUGAAAACAGAGUUGAAAGACUGUACACCUCCGCCACUUAACGUGGUGUCCCCCAUGAAGAGCACAGCAGAACUUGGAGUCGCUCUCUCCUCUCGCGGCAGGAGAACGCUGGAUCGCUUUCCGUUUCUUGGUUUCUCUUUUGUUUUCUCUCUCUGGACACCCUCCUCUUCGCUGACGCCUCAUCGAAGCCUCGAACUUCCUCCCAUAUCCUUUUCCCCGCCAAUUCGCUCCCGAGCCGCGCGCCCCUUCCGUUUUUGGCCUUCAGGUGAAGUCCACCGGGAGAACCGGCGGUUUCCUGGGCGAACUUUGACGGCAAACGGAGGCGUUUUCCCGCGGCUCUCGUCCGCCACGCGCGUGCUUUCUCGGAGGACGCGACGCACUGAACAACAGACCGAGAGAGAGAGAGGCCUGCGUCGCGCGUCCUCUCCGGUAUCCUUGGGUGGACGUCCAGCGGCAUUGGAGAGGACUUCGUUCUUCGAAGGCGACGUUCGGCUUCGUUCGCUUUCCGUUCCUUCCUCUUCUCUGUCUACACAAUGA